AUGGGCAACUACCGAUGCUUUCAGGCCAGCCUUGGGAUGACUUCUGAGAAUGCAACAGUGAUCACAAGAGCCAUGUACAUGUUCUAUGCGUUGGCCAUCGUGUGCGACGACUUCUUCGUCCCGUCCUUGGAAAAGAUCUGUGAGGGAGCGCAGGGUGUCCGCCGUGAUGAGGGGACGCAGGAGUUGUUCUGUUCUCAGAAUGAAGCCAACUCACCUGUCUUGUCUUUGUUCCUUGUGCAGCGUCUCCACCUCAGUGAAGAUGUAGCGGGAGCCACAUUCAUGGCAGCAGGCAGCUCAGCCCCAGAGCUGUUCACAUCGGUCAUAGGAGUCUUCAUCACGAAGGGCGAUGUGGGAGUUGGCACCAUCGUGGGCUCUGCUGUGUUCAACAUCCUGUGUAUCAUUGGUGUCUGUGGGCUCUUUGCGGGGCAGGUGGUGGCUCUUUCCUCCUGGUGCCUGCUGAGGGAUUCCAUCUACUACACCCUGUCUGUGGUCGCACUCAUUGUGUUCAUUUAUGAUGAAAAAGUUUCUUGGUGGGAGUCUCUGGUCCUUGUGCUGAUGUACCUCAUCUAUAUCAUCAUCAUGAAAUACAAUGCAUGCAUACACCAGUGCUUCGAAACGAGGGCGAAAGGUGCUGGGAACAUGGUCAAUGGACUGGCCAACAAUGCGGAAAUCGAUGACAGCAGCAACUGUGACGCCACCGUGGUGCUACUCAAGAAAGCCAAUUUCCAUCGCAAAGCGUCAGUGAUCAUGGUGGAUGAGCUGCUGUCGGCCUACCCACACCAGCUUUCCUUCUCUGAGGCUGGCCUUCGAAUUAUGAUCACAAGCCACUUUCCUCCCAAGACACGGCUCUCUAUGGCCAGUCGCAUGUUGAUCAACGAGAGACAAAGACUGAUAAACAGCAGGGCUUAUGCCAAUGGGGAAUCUGAAGUGGCCAUCAAAAUCCCAGUCAAGCACGCCGUGGAGAACGGAACAGGGCCCAGCAGUGCCGCCGACAGGGGUGCUAAUGGAACCCGGAGGGACGACAUCGUUGGCGAAGCUGACAAUGAGACGGAGAAUGAGAUCGAAGACAACGACAACCACGAGAACGACGACGAGGAGGAAGAGGAGGACGACGAUGACGAUGAAGGGCCCUACACGCCAUUCGACCCCCCCUCUGGCAAACUGGAAACUGUGAAAUGGGCAUUCACCUGGCCACUGAGUUUUGUCUUGUACUUCACUGUCCCCAACUGCAGCAAGCCCCACUGGGAGAAGUGGUUCAUGGUGACAUUUGCUUCUUCUACACUGUGGAUCGCAGCCUUCUCCUACAUGAUGGUGUGGAUGGUCACCAUCAUUGGCUACACCCUAGGGAUCCCUGACGUCAUCAUGGGAAUCACCUUCCUGGCUGCCGGAACCAGCGUGCCCGACUGCAUGGCCAGCCUCAUUGUGGCCAGACAAGGGAUGGGAGACAUGGCCGUGUCCAACUCCAUCGGGAGCAACGUGUUUGACAUCUUGAUUGGGCUCGGUCUUCCCUGGGCUCUGCAGACCCUGGCUGUGGAUUAUGGAUCCUAUAUUCGGCUGAAUAGCAGAGGGCUCAUCUACUCCGUGGGCUUGCUCCUGGCCUCUGUCUUUGUCACGGUGUUUGGUGUUCACCUGAACAAAUGGCAGCUGGACAAGAAACUGGGGUGUGGGUGCCUCUUCCUGUACGGCGUGUUCCUCUGCUUCUCCAUCAUGACGGAGUUCAACGUGUUCACCUUUGUGAACUUGCCCAUGUGUGGGGACUAGUGAUUGGCCAGGCCACCUGCCGAGGCCUAGAUCCUUCUUCUCUGUGCAAUACGAGACCCGGCCGCACCCGAGUCAUGUGGCCCCUCAAGGGCCGCGGCGUCCGUCUCUCCCGUGCUGUCCACAGGUCUCCGCUCCUGUCCUGGUGGGCUAGGCUCUCCCUGCCACCUCCUUUGCUCCCCAACUCCCUUGGUCCUACCUCCCACCCAGCCCC